GUGAGCUGCUGUGAGUUGAGCAUCAUGGAUGAGUGUGAGGACAGAGAGGAGGGAGUCCCUCCCUCUAAAAGCUCUCUGUGUGGGGAACAGGAGAACCAGAGCAAAGCUCAGAGAGUGGAGCAGCAGAACUCAGAGGUUCCCAGAGCUCAGUCUGUCCAGCAGCAUCACCUGGACUCCAUAUUCAUGCUGCUGGAGGACAACAUGGUGACUUUUGUGAAGAAGGAGCUGAAGAAGAUGCAGAAGGUUGUGAGUCCAGAUUACCCAGAAUGCUCAGAGAGUCAGAGGGAGGAUGAGGAGGAGUUGGAGGGUGAUGAUGAAGAUGAGAGGAGCAGCAGAGAGAUGUUUGAGCAGAUCACAGUGUUGUUCCUGAGGAGGAUGAAGCAGGAGAAGCUGGCUGACUGUCUGCAGAGCAAACUUGCUGCUGCAGUUUGUGGACGUAAACUUAAAUGUUCUCUGAAGAAGAAGUUCCAGAGAGUGUUUGAGGGCAUCGCUAAAGCAGGACAGAAGACCCUCCUGAAUGAGAUCUACACAGAGCUGUACAUCACAGAGGGAGGGACUGCUGAGGUCAAUGAUGAACAUGAGGUCAGACAGAUUGAAGCAGCAUCCAGGAAAGCAGACAGAGCAGAAAGAAGCAUCAGACCAGAAGACAUCUUUAGAGGCUCACCUGGAAGAGAUGGACCAAUCAGAACAGUGAUGACACAGGGAGUGGCUGGCAUCGGGAAAACAGUGUUAACACAGAAGUUGACUCUGGACUGGGCUGAAGACAAAAGCAACCAGGACAUCCACUUCAUGUUUCCAUUGACUUUCAGAGAGCUGAAUGUGCUGAAAGAGAGAAAGUUCAGUUUGGUGGAACUUGUUCAGCACUUCUUCAGUGAAACCAAAGCAGCAGGAAUGUGCAGCUUUGAAGACUUCCAGGUUGUGUUGAUCUUUGACGGUCUGGAUGAGUGUCGCCUUCCUCUGGACUUCCACAACAAUGAGGUCCUGACUGAUGUCACAGAGUCCACCUCAGUGGAUGUGCUGCUGACAAACCUGAUCAGGGGGAAUCUGCUUCCCUCUGCUCGCCUCUGGAUAACCACACGACCUGCAGCAGCCAAUCAGAUCCCUCCUGACUGUGUGGACAUGGUGACGGAGGUCAGAGGGUUCACCGACCCACAGAAGGAGGAGUACUUCAGGAAGAGAUUCAGAGAUGAGGAGCAGGCCAGCAGCAUCAUCUCCCACAUGAAGACAUCACGAAGCCUCCACAUCAUGUGCCACAUCCCAGUAUUCUGCUGGAUCACUGCUACAGUUCUGGAGGAGCUGCUGAGAAGCAGAGAGGGAGGAGAUCUGCCCAGAACCAUGACUGAGAUGUUCAUCCACCACCUGGUGGUUCAGACCAAAGUCAUGAAGGUCAAGUAUGAUGGAGGAGCUGAGACAGAUCCACACUGGAGUCCAGACAGCAGGAGGAUGAUUGAGUCUCUGGGAAAACUGGCUUUUGAGCAGCUGCAGAAAGGAAACCUGAUCUUCUAUGAAUCUGACCUGACAGAGUGUGGCAUCGAUAUGAGAGCAGCCUCAAAGUACUCAGGAGUGUUCACACAGAUCUUUAAAGAGGAGAGAGGACUGUACCAGGACAAGGUGUUCUGCUUCGUCCAUCUGAGUGUUCAGGAGUUUCUGGCUGCUCUUCAUGUCCAUCAGACCUUCAUCAACUCUGGAAUCAACCUGCUGGAAGAACAACAACAAACAAUAUCUCGUUGGUCUAAACUGUUCAGACAGAAGAUAGAUCCAACACGUUUCUACCAGAGAGCUGUGGACGAGGCCUUACAGAGUCCAAACGGACACCUGGACUUGUUCCUGCGCUUCCUCCUGGGUCUGUCACUGCCGACCAAUCAGAAUCUCCUACGAGGCCUUCUGACACAGACAGGAAGUCUCUCACAGACCAAUCAGAAAACAGUGGAGUACAUCAAGAAGAAGAUCAGUGAGAACGUGUCUGCAGAGAGAAGCAUCAAUCUGUUCCACUGUCUGAAUGAACUGAAGGAUGUUUCUCUAGUGGAGGAGGUCCAACAGUCCCUGAGAUCAGGACGUCUGUCCACAGAUAAACUGUCUCCUGCUCAGUGGUCAGCUCUGGUCUUCAUCUUACUGUCAUCAGGAGAACAUCUGGACAUGUUUGACCUGAAGAAAUACUCUGCUUCAGAGGAGGUUCUUCUGAGGCUGCUGCCAGUGGUCAAAGCCUCCAAGAAAGUUCUACUGAGUGGCUGUAAUCUGUCAGAGAGAAGCUGUGGAGCUCUGUCCUCAGUCCUCAGCUCCCAGUCCUCCAGUGUGACAGAGCUGGACCUGACUAACAACAACCUGCAGGAUUCAGGAGUGGAGAGUCUUUCUGCUGGACUGGAGAGUCCACACUGUAAACUGGAAGCUCUCAGGCUGUCAGGCUGUCUGCUCACAGAGGAAGGCUGUGCUUCUCUGGCCUCAGCUCUGAGCUUCAAGACCUCAAAUCUGAGAGAGCUGGACCUGAGCUACAACCAUCCAGGAGACUCAGGAGAGAAGAUGCUGAGAGCUAAAGUGGAGGAUCCACACUGUAGACUGGAAACUCUCAGGGUGACGCCUGCUGGAGUCCGAUGGUUGACACCAGGUCUGAGGAAGUAUUCCUGUCAACUCACAGUCGACACAAACACAGUAAACAGAAAACUCAAACUGUCUGACAACAACAGGAAGGUGACAUCUGUGGAGGAGGAUCAGUGGUAUCCUGAUCAUCCAGACAGGUUUGACUACUGGCUUCAGCUGCUGUGUAGAACUGGUCUGACUGGUCGCUGUUACUGGGAGGUGGAGUGGAGAGGAGGGGUUAAUAUAUCAGUGAGUUACAGAGGAAUCAGAAGGAAAGGAGUCAGUGACUGUUUGUUUGGACAAAAUGAUCAGUCCUGGAGUCUGAUCUGCUCUGAUCAUGGUUACUCUGUCCUUCACAAUAACAUUCAAACAUCCAUCAGUUCCUCCUCAGUCUCUCACAGAGUUUCAGUUUAUGUGGACGUUCCUGCUGGAACUCUGUCCUUCUACAGAGUCUCCUCUGACUCUCUGAUCCUCCUCCACACCUUCAACACCACAUUUACUCAACCUCUCUAUCCUGGAUUUGGGUUCUACAGGUUCUAUUCUGGUUCCUCAGUGUUUCUGUGCUGAGUUCAGUCUCCAGAGUCUCCUCCUGUCAGAGAAACAGUGUUGAACAGAUAGUUGAGUCUCUCCAUGACUCUGUCCCUCACAAACAUGUUUUCACAUUCAUGGAUUAAAUCUAAUCUUCUUCCUCUUCAAAGAUGAAGUUGUGAUUAUUCCAGGAGCCAAAUGUGGUGUUUGCGUCUUUUUCCAGUCAAAUGUUGAGAGUGAAAAUCAGGAUGUGGUGUUCCUCUGACGCUCACUUGAACUAAAAGCAUUUGAGCUGCACAAAGUGUGAAAUGAGAGAGGAAGCAGUGAAUCUACAAACUGCUGACAGACUUUCACACAUUAUUGUCCAGAGAAAAUCAGGUUUUUGUGCAAACAACUGUGCAAACUCUGUUUUAUAAUCUAAUAUUGUUAUUGUAUUCAUUUGUUCCUUUUUUCUUUUUAGAACAAACAGACAUUUAAAAUCUUUUCCUGUAAAAACAUCUGAUGAUUAUUUAGCUCACAGAGUUUUAAAACCUUCACAAAGCAAACAGAAAUCACACAAACAUCCAGUUAACACGACGUGUUUUAAUCUGAAUAUUCUUUCUAUUCAGACAUUCUAGUUUCUUUUAUGCACUUUAGUCUUGAAGCAAUGAGGACAAACCUACAUUAUUAUUAAAUCUCUCUUUUUAUCCAACAGGAAAUCUAAAUUCUUCCACAUAUUUUAGACUUUCUCUCUAAAAACAGGACAAAAGAAGCUGCAGAACUACAGAAAUAUGAAUGUAAAAGCUGAAUCAGUCUGAAAACUAAACACAAAACUAAUCUGCAGCGUUUAGUUCUGUUCAAUAAUCAGUUUUUUACAGAUUUCUGCUGCUUGGUGGACUGAAGGAACGGCGCCUCCUGCUGGAGUCUCAGCAACAAGAAUUAAAUCACAUGUUCUGAAAAUGAGUGAAAUGAUUCUUAGUUUGAACAGGAAUAGAAUAAAAGAGCAGGAUUUCAUGUUUUUUCUCAGUGUGUCGACCUCUUCUACCAACAAAAAUCACAUUAAAACAUGAGAGAAGCAGUUUUUGUGUUUUAAAUUCAUAAAUAUUUUGAAGAGAAGGUUCUGAAUAAACUGUGGUUAGAAGAAACAUUUUAGCCGCUAACGUCCACGAUAUUAAAGAUUACAAACAUCUGCAUCACCUGUAAUGUUAACAAACACACAGAUCAAUAUUUACAUAUAUAUUAGAGAUGUUAAAUAUUUAUCUCUAUAUACCGACCAGCCCCCCCCUGCCUACCAUCCUGCCCUUGGAAUGAAUAGUUUUGUUGAGCAGCCUUUGAACUGAUCUCUGGUCUGUUCUGAUGUUGGACUUGUUUGUUCCUCAGAGCUGCAUCAGACUGUUCUGGACACUUUGUCUUGUCCUGUUAGUUCACUUCCUCCUGUUUCAUCAGUUUCUUUGUUCAGUUUAUCCAGUUUCAGGUUGUUUUUUUCUAUGUUUCCUCUUUUGAACUUCGUUGUUUGUUUUUGCAGUCGCAGCAGUUUUGUUUGUUUCUGGAAUGAGUUUGGUUUAUUUUCUCCUCAGUCCAGUUUGAACAUUUCUGUAUUGAUUUAGUUCCUGCUUUGUUUAAUAAAGUCCUUUUGAAUCCUC